AUGUACUCGACACAAUCCGCUAAUGAUUUCAAGUAUUUUUUGCAAACUAAGCGUCUUGGUUUUCGUUUAUGGACAGAAGAUGAUCUUCAUUUAGCUUUAGACCUUUGGGGUGACAAUGCUGUUACAGAGCUUAUCGGUGGUCCAUUCACUACUGAGAAGAUACACGAACGUUUUUCACAUGAAAUGAAAAAUAUGAGACUGUACAAUCUUCAAUAUUGGCCGAUAUUUUCACUGGAAACUGGCGAACAUAUUGGAUGUUGUGGCUUUCGCCCAUAUGACAAAGAGAAGUAUAUAAUUGAAAUUGGUUUUCAUAUUCGGCCAAAAUUUUGGAGACAAGGAUUUGGAAGAGAAGCUGCCGAUGCCGUAAUAUCAUAUGCAUUCUGUAAUUCAAAUGUGACUAAAAUUUUUGCUGGCCAUCAUCCGAAAAAUGUCGCUUCUUGUCGACUUCUGGAACAACUUGGAUUCCAGUAUACCCAUUAUGAAUAUUAUCCCCCAACUGGUUUACAACACCCAUCCUAUAUACUCACAAAAGAGCAACAUUGUUAG